CUAUAACUCUAAUGUACUAUGUAGCUAAGCUAGUGUGUAUUAGCUAACUUUGUUCAGUAACUGUUUAUUCUGGUCAGGGUCGCGGUGGAUCCGGAGUCUGUUCUGGUAACACUGGGCGCGAGGCAGCAGUACACACUGCACCGCACGCCAUCAUGUGCUUCUCUGGACCUUCUGAUUCGUGACGUAAAAAAAUCACAAUGGCGCAAUUCUAAAUCACUCUCUACGUCCUAGGAACACCGAGAAUAACGUAAUGGCUUCUACAGCCUAUGUAGUGCACUUAUAUACGCAAGUUGUUUGGGAUGCAGCAGUUACAGAUUACCUGCGCGUGUUUUGCUUUGCGCAGGCGCGGAUAAUGUUAACGGCGAAGCGCGUGACGUCACCGCGCCGCUCGCCGAGGAACGAAACAAACAUGGCGCCACAGUGGAGCGGACAGGGCUGCUUGCUAACUUUAAUCGUAGUCCUCUGGAGCUCUGUGGGCGGUCGAACGGAGACGACGAGCGUUUGCUGGAGCCAGAUACUGGGCAUGAGACUGGAGAGGAGCAACAAACCGGCCACAAUCACCGAGGACGGUGUCAUUCAGGUAACGGAAGAGAGUAACGUCCAGCUCAGGUUUUACGGGCUGCAGCUCAGUUCGGACUCCGCGUCCCAGAUCCGGUUCGUGGAGCUCGGAGAAGACGAGGAUGACAGAGACUCGGUAAACAGGACUUGUGUUGAUUUUACUAAAGAUAUUAGCGUCGUAAGUAACAUGAACGUUAGCAGUCGAGGGACGUCAGGUGUGGUGAGUGUAAACGUUAAGCCGCUCCGCAAAACCGAGCGCGAGCGGGAUUACAUCGCGUGCAUCAGGAGUCCGGAAGAUAAGUGGCACCUGCUGCCGGGGAACGACGGGAGGCUGCGAGUUGUGGAGGAGAAAACUUCUCUGCUCCCUCUGUGGCUUCAGAUCAUCCUGGUGUCAUGCCUGCUUGUCCUGUCCGGCAUGUUCAGUGGACUCAAUCUGGGGCUCAUGGCAUUAGACCCGAUGGAGCUUCGCAUAGUGCAGAGUUGUGGUACUGAUAAAGAAAAGAGGUAUGCCCGCAAAAUCGAGCCCAUUCGUAGGAAAGGGAAUUACUUGCUUUGCUCCUUAUUGCUUGGUAAUGUCCUUGUAAAUACCACGCUUACUAUCCUGCUGGAUGAUCUUAUCGGAUCUGGCUUUGGAGCAGUAGUGGCGUCCACUGUGGGCAUCGUGAUCUUUGGGGAGAUCGUGCCACAGGCGCUUUGUUCUCGCCAUGGUUUGGCAGUUGGUGCCAACACCAUCGUGCUGACCAAGUUCUUCAUGCUCCUCACCUUCCCACUGUCGUUUCCCAUCAGCAAGCUCCUGGACUACAUUCUGGGCCAGGAAAUUGGCACAGUGUACAACCGGGAGAAGCUGGUGGAGAUGCUCAAGGUGACAGAACCGUACAACGACUUGGUCAAGGAGGAGCUCAACAUGAUUCAGGGUGCAUUAGAGCUGAGGACCAAAACAGUGGAGGAUGUCAUGACACCACUGAACAACUGCUUCAUGAUCAAAUCUGAUGCUGUGCUGGACUUCAACACCAUGUCCGAGAUCAUGGAGAGCGGCUACACGCGCAUUCCGGUCUACGAAGAUGAACGCUCCAACAUCGUUGACAUCUUGUAUGUAAAGGACUUGGCCUUUGUUGAUCCAGAUGACUGCACAACACUGAAAACAGUCACCAAGUUUUACAACCACCCGGUCCACUUUGUCUUCCACGACACCAGGCUGGAUGCCAUGUUGGAGGAGUUCAAAAAAGGCAAAUCUCACCUGGCCAUAGUGCAGAGGGUGAAUAACGAGGGAGAGGGAGACCCCUUCUAUGAAGUGCUGGGUCUGGUGACGCUGGAAGACGUUAUUGAGGAGAUUAUAAAGUCAGAGAUCCUGGAUGAAUCUGAUCUCUACACUGACAACCGAAACAGAAAGAAAGUGGACCCAAAUAAAAACAAGAGGGAUUUUUCGGCCUUCAAACAUGAAAGCGAAUCUAAGGUGAAGAUCUCUCCCCAGCUGCUCUUAGCUGCUCAUCGGUUCCUGGCUACUGAGGUGAGCCUCUUCAGUCCACUACAGAUCUCAGACAAGAUUUUGUUGCGAAUUCUCAAGCAUCCCGACGUCAUCCAGGAUCUACGGUUCAAUGAAAAUGACAAGCGCUCACAGCAGCACUACUUGUAUCAGCGUGGCAAGCCUGUUGACUAUUUCAUUCUCAUCUUGCAGGGCCGGGUGGAAGUGGAGGCAGGCAAUGAAAACAUGAAGUUUGAGACUGGUCCCUUUUCUUAUUAUGGAGUCAUGGCAUUAACUACAUCAUCCUUGGCUGUCACCCCCCCUCUGUCCCCCUCCGUGGUGCUGCCUCGGCCACGGCGCCUUUCUCUUAAGAGGUUUUCUCUGUUCUCUCGCUUCCCAGAGUUUCGCUCUCCUUCACAUCUUAGCGGGCUGAAUCGCUCGGCAUCCCUGAGCUGCACAGAGAGAGUGGACGCAUUGUCCACCAGUGGCAGCAGCUCCCAUCUCAACAGCGCCUCCACACCCCAGUACAUUCCCGACUUCAAUGUGCGUGCCCUCUCCGACCUGCAGUUUGUUAAGAUCAACCGUGCCCAGUACCAAAACGGCCUUUUGGCCUCCAAACUGGACAGCACUCCACAGUCCCCGCAAAGCAAUCAAAUUCGAUUGGACAGCAUGCUUGCACCACCCCUGACUCCGCCUACUUCUUCCAUGACCUGCAGCGCAGCACCAUUAGCGCUCAGAGAGGGAACAAACGAGACCACAGCGCUGCUAAAUGACAAGAACAGCCUGAAUAGUCACCGGACUGGCGAACCACAGUCCUACUCUAACUCCAACUCAAACCUCAACACCAGUACUAACACUAACUCCAGCCCUCACCCUCUAUCCAACAAUCACCCUCAGUCACAGAGUUACCCCAACAACCCAAACACUCACACACCUCACCUGCACAUCCACACCAUCUCUCACAGCCAGGCACACACAGAGAGCACAAUCUGACAAAGCGCAUGGGGAGCCGAGGCUCCAGAGAGGACCACACUGAUCCACAACCAUGCGCAUACACACACACAUGUACAUGGCCAUUUACAAACUAUAUGCAAUCUAACACAGAAGCACUUACACAGAUGAACUUUGGAGCAGACCUUGUAUCUUCUUCCAACCCUCCCUGCAUGCCACUUUUUUCUCCUAUGCCCAGUUUGAUGGCAUUUCAGUGGAAUAUAGAACGGAGAUGUCUACAGCAAAAGCGCAAGAGAUUUCAGCUUGUGCAUGUGUUGUGAAGGAGAUCUACAAGUGUAGUUUCAAAGUAAGAAACUCCAAGUUCAUUCACAGGUCAUAAGGACCAUUAAUAGCACUUUUUUGUAUGCUAUAAGUCCAGACAUUGCAUGGUGCACACCUCCGUCUUUGAUAUUUUGGAAAAGUGUUUCUGUAGCAUGCAAUGGCCAAAAAUGUCAUCGACUCACUUGGGCAUUUUUGAAUGACAUAACAGUGUACCACUAUAUAAGAAAUGAUUGCAAAAUGUGCACUUUUAUAAUCUUUAAGAAUCCAUACCAAACCUUUUGUAUGUCAGGUCUUUUUUUUUCUCCUUUGAGGUUUUGGAUAGUGAGAGUAUCAGUUGCUGUUACCAAGGCACUCAUUGGAACGUGUGGUGAACCCUGUUAAGCACAAGCAUGAAUUUACACUGCUUUACUUGGUUUAUCAUCAGUUUAUCUUUGGUUUAUCAGGUCAACAGUCCACACAGUGCUUUCUCAAGGUUGAUAAUUUCACACUUGUCACGCUACAGUUUGGACUGUAUAUGUCAACCAUAGUUAUGCAAAUCAUUUAAAAUAUUGUACAUAUUUGAUACUAUAUAUGAUAUUUAUUAAAUGAGUUUCAACCCUUAAGCAGUGGAGAGCUCUGUAACAGACCCAACCACAGCCUAUUGCAGGUAAGAAUAGAAUAUAUGGUAUCAGUAAAUUAUGAAAUAUUUAUUUGUGCCUAAAUUAAUGUGUAUAUAUGAUUCCCCUUUUGAACUGGAAUUAAUGUUUUAUGUUUAAAGUUUAUCAGUUUGUCAGGGCACAUCUGUAUUUUGUUCCUUUAUGAGGCUAAACCUGGCCAAAACUGUCCAGUACCAAAGCACAGAUCUUACCAUCAUAUAAAUUAAUAUUAGCUUUUGCUGUGGAAGUCACUGUCAUUAGAAAACUCCUUGUGCUCUUUCUAAUAUUAGAGUUAGAAGUAAAAAUUAGGAAUACAUUCCAGACUAUGAAAAUAACUGUAGCUAUACUGGUGCUGAGACAGACUCCACUGUGACUCAAAUCAAAUUGUAAAUUCAGUGUUUUUCUCCCCUCACAUGCCAGAUUAAAAGCAAGAUUAAGUACUGGAAAUGUUUAGCUAGUCCUGCUGAACUGAUGAGAAUCAGAUUAUAUCCACGUACUGAUAGCAAUUUCAUUAGGACCAGUGACACAUUUCAGUGAACAGGUUAUAAAUUGUAGUGUGAACUGUGCUCUAGCAUUAUUCUUCCUAAUUCUGCAGCUCUAGCAAAGAGGAAAACCUCAGUGGUGUUCCGCAGCAUUACAGUGUGGUCAAUUGUUAUGACAAAGGGAGAAUAUUCAAAUCUUCAUGUGCAGUACAAACACUGUGGCAUGCCUAACAGUUUUGUCAUUCAUGUUCCAGUCCCCUAGUUCAUAUAUAGUUGUUACUUAAAGUUGCAGUGUCAAUCAGUUGAAUUGAGAGAAAGUAACUUGGUCAGUCAAAUCAACAGCAAUGUUUUCUGUUAAAAAGUAUGUUUUUGUGUUGAAUAUAUUUUUAUAUGGCUUGUGAGUUAUUUAUAAGUGUUUUGAUGCCUUUAUGAGAUGGCUAAAAAGCAAUAGUUAGAUAGAUUAAUGCAAGGGUUCAUUAUAAUUGAAUUGCACAAACAGAAAGUGGUUUAUACUUUACCUCAGUUGAUAUUGCAUGUGUAGAAUAAUUUGCUACUCUUUUUAAUUUAAACCAAAAAUGUAGUUAAAAGCAAAGUGGCAAAAUGGGUUUUCAUGAGCAUAUGGGUUAUGACCAUGCAUUACUGUUUAACAUGACCAAAGGUACAAGGACACAUUUAAAUUCAUAGGGAAAGACAUUGGCCAAAGCUAUUUGCACUUUGAUCUGCCUGUAUCUCCUUUGUUAGAGUAACAUGUUGCCCUUUUUGGGCCCUGAGUUGUGGAAUGAGACACUCCUGCAGCUCAGAAGUAAUUAAAUUCCUUUGGGCUAGAGGUCCAGCAGGUAAUCUGUUUUUAAUGUUCAUUGGAAUGUUUUGUCAGUGACCCUGGUAGGGGGCAUUUCAGCUGAGUUGUAGCUGCCUUUUUCAUUGAUGCGUCCUCAGUUUGACCAUUUUUCAACACUGAAGGUUAAAGACUAUGAUUGCGUGUAUGCAGGUGGGCUGCGGGCUUGUUUUCCAUUGUGCAUGGUUUGCUCCUCAGUGUUUGUGGCCAUGCAUCUUGUGUGUUGAUGCAUGAAACAGUGAGGAAUCGUGCACACCAGCAAAGCUCCUCUCCUCUGACUGCUUGUGUUCUUAUGUUUCACAUCAUUAUUUGUAGAAGCAUGAUUGUCUUCCAUUUGCUUGCUAUGUAUUUGUCAUAGCAAUGUUUUUUCUUCUUCUUUAACAGAACUUGUAUGGUAUUGUGACCUCCUCCUUUUUUUUUUCUGAGCAAUGCAUUUUAAGUGACUAUUCAAAACACUGAGUUUGAUCAUUAAUGUCUGUCUGUGUUUGUUUUAAGGGAAGAGUGUAAAGAGCAAAUGUACUGUACUUCCACUAAUAUUUGUUUGUUCUAUUUAAAGCAAUGUGUACAUAGUGUUUCAUAAGGACUGCUGGAGGAGUUCUCAUGAACAGGACAAUAAAUCUGAGACAUCUAUUUCUCUAUAAAAAUGUUCCGUCUGUUUUAUUUCUUCAGUAUUAUAAACUACUUGGGGUUUUUACUUGUACAUUAUUAAUGUAGCGUUUUGAAUGUAGAUGGUCAGUCGUUUGAGAAUUGUUGAAGGAAAUAUGUUCUACAUGUGUUAUCUUCCCACCUCUGGCCUAUUAGUAGAUAAUAUGCACAUUGACCUAUUGUGUAAUAUUACUGAAUUAUUAUAUGUGGGGUUAUUAUCAUGAAUGUGCUUUGACGUAAUGGUGACAGGAGUAACAACAGAAAUAAUGUCUAGGAAACAAAUGUUUUCAAUAAUGGCCACUAUGCUGCAAAUGUCACUCUUUUUCUAUUUUUCUAUGGUUACUACUACUAUGAUUGCUAGUGUUUUUUCAACAGUAUAUCAGAGAUCAAUUUUUGCCAUGUUAAUAAUUAAGAAUUAUUUUAAAAAAAAAUAAAUAAAAUCUGGACAUUUGUGAAGAAUGUGGCUGCAGUCAACCAAUCAUUCAAUGGUGGGGCUUAAUUUACUCAAACACUUGUAACGCAUGAUUAUGUUAGAUGGAUAUGCACAAAAUUUGAAAAGCAUAUUCAGGGCUAGAUUCUGGGGCCAUGUGCCCUCAAGGGGCGUGGUUAGGUUCAAGUGUAUUUUUCUCACAUACCACAUGUCUGAUCCAGAUGAAAUGCUAUUAUAGCUACCUAAAAUCAAGCUAGGAACCAGCUGCAAUAGCACAGGCACUGUCUGACAAUACCCUAUUGACCCCUUAGAGACACCUUAGAGA